CAUCUGAAUUCCCGAUACAACUGAUAAGAUCGGUUUGUUCGGUGCAUCUCCGACAGCAUAACGCCAUCUCGGAUUGCAUUCCCUAACGCAUUCACUGCGGGGAUCUUUUGGUAGUCAUGCAGCUUUUCUCAUUGUCGCUUACUAUCGCUCACCACCAUGGGCUCCAUCUCGCGAUCCCCGCAACCCCACGUUCCGCCCGCGGGCGUCUGGUGCCCCGCAGUGACUUUCUUCGACCACAGCACCGAUUCUCUCGACCUGGUAUCUCAAAAACAAUACUAUGCAUACCUCUCUCGUUCCGGCCUGACCGGCCUGGUCAUUCUGGGCACCAAUGCUGAAGCCUUCCUCUUGACCCGCGAAGAGCGUCGCCAGCUGAUCGCGACAGCGCGCGAGGCCGUCGGCCCUAACUACCCCAUCAUGGCCGGCGUAGGCGCGCACUCGACCAAGCAGACUCUCGAACUGGCAGCAGACGCAAAGGAAGCCGGCGCCGAUUACCUCCUUGUCCUCCCACCCGCAUACUUCGGCAAAGCCACCACCGUUCCGGUCAUCAAGCGCUUCUUCGCCGACAUCGCCGCCAAAGCUGAGCUCCCUGUAGUAAUCUACAACUUCCCCGGCGUGACGAACGGAGUAGAUAUCGAUUCCGACACAAUCACCGCCAUCGUCCGCGAUUCCGCAUCCACCAACCCCUCAGGAAUCUCCAACGUCGUCGGCGUAAAGCUCACCUGCGCCUCCGUGGGCAAAAUCACCCGUCUCUCAGCAACAUUCCCUCCCGAACAAUUCUCCAUUUUUGGCGGCCAGUCCGAUUUCCUCCUUGGAGGACUAUCUAUCGGCUCAGCAGGCUGCAUCGCCGCAUUCGCGAACGUGUUUCCCAAAACCAUCUCGCAUAUCUACUCCUUAUAUAAACAGGGCAAGACGGCAGAGGCGCUAGACCUUCAUCGUAAAGCGGCACUGGCAGAAAGCCCGUGUAAGAGUGGGAUUGCGUCGACGAAGUAUGCGGUGGCGGUGUUUUCGGCGAAGGAGGCUGGGAUUGAGGAUGCAGCGGAGAAGUUGAAGCCGAGAACGCCGUAUGAGGAGGCACCAGAGGCGGCGAAGAAGGUUGUUAGGGAGGUCAUGGCGGAAUUGGGGACGAUUGAGAAGAGUUUGUAGUUGGGGGUUGUUUUUGGGUUGGAGGAUAUAACGAAGGAUGAGGCUUAUGAGGGUAUGAAUAUCGGAGAAGAAAAGAGCUAUUUGGCUCUGAAUAAGU